AAGACCCGGGACUGCAAUCAAAUGUAACGACAUCUUCAAACCCUUAACUGGACAAGACAAACUUAUCAGAACUGUGCUGACAAAGGGAAUCGCUGGUAUUGGAAAAACAGUCUCUGUGCAGAAGUUCAUCCUGGACUGGGCUGAAGGUAAAGCAAAUCAGGAUGUUCAAUUUGUAUUUUCAUUCCCUUUUCGGGAGCUGAAUUUGAUGAAAGGGGAAAAACACACUUUGAUUGAACUUCUCAAUCAUUUCUCAAUGGAAACCAAAAAAUUAAAAUUCUCCAACCACAACAAGUACAAAGUUCUGUUAAUCUUUGAUGGUCUGGAUGAGUGCCGACUGCCCCUAGACUUCCACACGAACAAGAUAUGUUGUGAUGUCACACAGUCAACCUCAGUGGAUGUUCUGCUGACAAAUCUCAUCAAGGGAAAUCUGCUUCCCUCUGCUCUCCUCUGGAUAACUACCCGACCUGCAGCAGCCAAUAAGAUCCCUUCAGUGUGUGUUGACCAGGUGACAGAGGUACGAGGGUUUAAUGACCCACAGAAGGAGGAGUACUUCAGGAAGAGAUUCAGUGAUGAGGACCUGGCCAGCAGAAUCAUCUCACACAUAAAGACCUCAAGGAGCCUUCACAUCAUGUGCCACAUUCCAGUCUUCUGUUGGAUUUCUGCAAUAGUCCUUGAACACAUGUUGAAACAUAAGAGAGAAGAGGUGCCCAAGACUCUGACUGAGAUGUACACACACCUUGUGGUGUUUCAUACCAUAAAGAAGAAUGAAAAGUAUCUUGGGAAAGAAGAGACAGAUCCACACUGGAAUAAAGAGAGCAUUCUGUCACUGGGAAAACUGGCUUUUCAACAGCUUGUGAUUGGCAAUCUGAUUUUCUAUGAAGAAGACCUGAAACAGGCUGGCAUUGAUGUCAAUGAAGCCUCAGUGUACUCAGGAUUGUGCACACAGAUCUUUAAAGAGGAAUGUGGGCUCUACAAGGACAAGGUGUACUGCUUCGUGCAUCUGAGCAUUCAGGAGUUUCUGGCUGCUGUAUAUGUGUUCCUCUCAUUCAUCAACAACAAUGAGAAUCGAAUAGCCGAACUGCAUUCAACAUCCAGAAACUAUUUUGCGCUGAAGCCUGAAGUAACUGUCUACAAGAGUGCUGUGGAUAAAGCCUUACAAAGUGAGACGGGAAACCUGGACCUUUUCCUCCGAUUCCUUCUGGGCCUCUCACUGGAGUCCAAUCAGAAGCACUUACGAGGUCUACUGACAACAACAAGAAGCUGCUCACAGAGCCAUGAAGAAAUAGUCAAGUACAUCAAGGAGAAGAUCAGGGAGAAUCCCUCUCCAGAGAGGUGCAUCAAUCUGUUCCACUGUCUGAAUGAACUGAAUGACCAUUCUCUAGUGGAGGAGAUCCAAAGCUACCUGAUCUCAGGAAGUCUCUCAGAAGCCAAACUGUCACCUGCACAGUGGUCAGCUCUGGUCUUUGUGUUGCUGACUUCAGAAAAGGAGCUGGAUGUGUUUGACCUGAAGAAAUACUCCAGAUCAGAGGAAGGUCUUCUGAGGCUGCUGCCAGUGGUCAAAGCCUCCAGAGUUGCUCUGCUGUCAGGCUGUGGAGUCACAGAGGAAGGCUGUGCUUCUCUGGCCUCAGCUCUGAGGUCAAACCUCUCUCACCUGAGAGAGAUGGAUCUGAGUAACAAUGAACUGAAAGAUUCAGGAGUGAAACUUCUCUCUGCUGGACUGGAGAAUCCCGACUGUAAACUGAAGACUCUGAGGCUUUCAGGCUGUCAAGUCACAGAGCAAGGCUGUGCUUCUCUGGUCUCAGCUCUGAGGUCAAACCCCUCACACCUGAGAGAGCUGGACCUGAGCUACAAUCACCCAGGAGACUCAGGAGUCAGACUGCUCUCUGCUGGACUGGAGGAUCCACACUGCAGACUGGAGAAACUCAAGCUGUCAGGCUGUGGAGUCACAGAGGAAGGCUGUGCUUCUCUAGCCUCAGCUCUGAGGUCAAACCUCUCUCACCUGAGAGAGAUGGAUCUGAGUAACAAUAACCUGAAAGAUUCAGGAGUGAAACUUCUCUCUGCUGGACUGGAGAAUCCCGACCGUAAACUGAAGACUCUGAGGCUUUCAGGCUGUCAAGUCACAGAGCAAGGCUGUGCUUCUCUGGUCUCAGCUCUGAGGUCAAACCCCUCACACCUGAGAGAGCUGGACCUGAGCUACAAUCACCCAGGAGACUCAGGAGUCAGACUGCUCUCUGCUGGACUGGAGGAUCCACACUGCAGACUGGAGAAACUCAAUGUGGAACAUGGUGGAGAGAACACAAUGAAACCUGGGCUUAGAAAAUAUGCCUGUGAUCUCACACUGGACCCAAAUACAGUAAACAGACACCUCUCUCUGUCUGAGGAGAACAGAAAGGUAACGCGUGGGAGAGACGAGCAGCCGUAUCCUGAUCACCCAGAGAGAUUUGAGGACCGUGGACAGGUGCUGUGUAGAGAGGGUCUGACUGGGCGCUGUUACUGGGAGGUAGAGUGGAGUGGGAGUGAGGCUGAUAUAGGAGUGACAUAUAAAGGAAUCAGCAGGACAGGAAAGGGUAAGGACUCUCUGAUUGGGUUCAAUGACAAGUCCUGGAAUCUGUUCUGUUCUGACAACAUUUACAUGACUGUGCACAAUAAUAAUCACACUGCCAUAGACUUCCCCUCCUCCAGCUCCCACAGAGUAGGAGUGUAUCUGGACUGGCCAGCCGGCACUCUGUCCUUCUACAGAGUCUCCUCUGACACACUGACCCACCUGUACACAUUCCACACUACAUUCACUGAGCCCCUCUAUCCAGGGUUUUAUGUUUAUGAAUCCUCAGUGUUCCUGUGUCAGGUGGUACCUGUGUCAAACACAACAUGACGUUUCACUCUAAUCAUGUGUUUUAUGUUUGAUCAGAAUAUGGCAUUUAAAUACAUGGAGUAACACACCAGGUUGGAACAGUUUAUUCCUGUAAAUAAAAACCAUGGUAACUCUG